CUCAAGACUGUUUUAAAGUCUCUGCUAGACUUGGGCUUUACACGUUACUUCCUGGAUGGAUGGAGGAAUGGGAAGCUUCCAGCACCUCUCCAUCACCACCACUUACACCACCGACUGCCCCCUCUCUGUGUGUCCGAUGAGCGCUCCCUCCACCGCCGCAGCCGCAUGAGCGACACCGCGCUGAACGGACCGUCGCCGCUCGUCUCCUCUAACCCACUUUUCCCCCUGCUGCAGACACACGCUCCUCCACCACCGUCAAUCUCUUGAGUGUUAUGCUCUUAUCCGGGAAUAUCGGAGGGAUUCUGCUACGGAAAGACUUUAUUGGACCUCUAACUAAAUUUCUCCGCCCUUCACCUCCACCGUGCACCGUCUCGGUCUGCGCUGCGUCUCCGGCGCUGCUUCUUGCACAGAGAAGGCGUCGUUAAUUUGACCGCAAAAGGAGGAGAAACUCAACAGUUGCUGCUGCUUCUUGUUUGCAUGUCGACGUGCAUGUUACUACAAUGUGGAGGCUACUGCAAUCGUGUUGCUGCUGCUGGUGGAUUUGCUCUCUCGUUUUGCCAGCCUUCGUGCUCCUCCGGGCCGAUUGUCAUCCUGCACUGACAGGAAGCCAGGCCGAGUCCCGAGCCCCUGUCCCCGGCCUCCUCAGAGCCACAGCCGGUGGUGGCACACGACUCCGCAGAGCUGCCGCCGAGGAGACCUACUGGGCCUACUCAGGUAUUUAUGGUCCAGAUGAGGGCUGGGUGUCUGCCUACCCGGAGUGUGGAGAGAGAAACCAGUCGCCAAUCAACAUUGUGGACCAGGACACCAAAGUGUCCACAGAGUAUCAGGAGCUGACACUGGAGGGCUUUGAUACCGAAUCCUCCAAUAAGACGUCUAUGAAGAACACCGGCAAAACAGUGGCCAUUAUGUUGAAGGAUGAUUACUUUGUCCGGGGAGCAGGACUACCAGGGAGAUUCAAGGCAGAGAAAGUGGAGUUUCACUGGGGUCCAAGCAACGGAUCUGAGGGCUCCGAGCACAGCAUCAACAGCCGGCGUUACCCUGUGGAGAUGCAGAUCUACAUGUACAAUUCAGACGACUUCGACAGCCUCAGCGCAGCACUCAGGGAGAAGAGGAUCAUCGCAGCCAUGGCCGUGUUUUUUCAGGUGGGAGGGAAGGACAAUCCUGCUGUUGAACCCAUAAUCCACGGCCUGAAGGGAGUGGUGCAUCAUGAAAAAGAGACUUUCCUGGAGCCGUUUGUGCUGAAGGACCUGCUGCCGUCCUCGCUGGGAAGUUACUACCGCUACACCGGCUCCCUGACCACGCCGCCCUGCAGCAAGGUGGUGGAGUGGAUCAUCUUCAGCAGACCUAUCUACGUCUCAUACAAACAGUUGGAGGCUUUCUACUCCAUCUUCACCACGGAGCAGCAGGACCAUGUUAAGUCAGUGGAGUAUCUGCGCAGCAACUUCAGGCCCAUUCAGAGCUUGGAUAAUCGCCACGUCUUCAAGUCAGCGGUCAAGGACGCCUGGCUGCCGGACCUGACCGACAGCGCCAGCGGGCCGUACGGCACAGAGGCUUCCAAAGUGUGCAGCAGCGCUCCCAUCAACAUGAAGGUGCAGCAUGUGAACGGCAGCGCUCUGGUGGUCCGCUGGGCUCGUCCAGAGGUGACGUACCACCCGCCCAUCCUCCACUUCCUGGUGUCCUACAGCUGGACGGCCCAUGACGACAGCUACGAGGAGACGCACCUGACAGACGCCAAGCACAAACUGGAGGCCGUCAUUUCUCCCGUCUCCCCCGAUGUGCUGUACCUGUUCCGAGUCCAGGCCGUCUGCAUGAAUGACAUGCGCAGUGAUUUCAGCCAGAGCAUGCUCUUCAGAGCAAACACCACCAGGAUCUUUGAGGGGACGAGGAUUGUGAAAACUGGAAUGCCGACUGCCUCUCCAGCCUCCUCAGCUGACAUGGCUCCCAUUUCCUCUGGCUCAUCUACCUGGACCUCGUCAGGCAUCCCCUUCUCCUUCGUCUCCAUGGCGACAGGCAUUGGCCCAUCCUCCAGCGGCAGCCAGGCAACGGUGGCAUCUGUGGUGACCAGCACUUUACUGGCCGGGCUGGGUUUCAGCGGUGGUGUCAUCUCCUCCUUUCCCAGCUCCGUUUGGCCAAGCCGAGCGCCGACCCAUAAUCCCACCUCAACGCGCCAGAUCGCCAAACCCGCCGAGCCCACCAAAGACGCCACCACCUCUGCCUCUGCUGUCACAGCAGCUGCAGCCAAAGAUAACGGUGAAGCUGGAGGUGAGGACAGGGAGAGCAGCAAGGGUGAAGGUGAGGAUGGAGAGAGGGGAGGAGAGGAUAAGGAUGAAGAGGAGGAGGAAGAAGAAGAGAAGGAUGAGAAGAAGGAGAGGAAAGGACGUGUGAGCAAAGCAGUGAGGAGGGACAACGGCACAGCGGUGAGCGAGCCACCCAGAGACACACCGGACUCCACGGCGAAGGAGAAAAAACAGACUGAACCAGAUCCAACUAAAGUGAGGCCUGGUGUAGAAGACCAACUGCAGGUGUAUGCCCACAAUCCACUUGACUCUAGCCUCACUACCACCACAGAGGCAUCCAAUGAAACAGCAGCAUUCCCUGCAGCAACACUCAGACCCAGCACAGGGAGGGACAAGAAGCACUGGCCUUUCUCCAUCCACACUGACCCCAGUGUGGUGACCAAUCUGACGGGCCAGGCGAGGCCUGGGUCUGGGGCAGGGUUGGGCCGUGUGGAGUGGUUGGUACCUUUGGUGGUGGUCUCAGCUCUAACCUUCCUCUGCCUCAUCCUUCUGCUGGCUGUGCUUGUCUACUGGAGUUCAGGUCGGCGGCAGCAUGUGGCAGCUCGUCUGCUCCCUCUCCUCUGCUCGUUCACCAGGAUGAAUGCCCUCUGCUCUCUGCUCUGUAUCAAAUACAGGCGCUGUUUCCAGACAGCUCAUUUCUACGUGGAGGACAGCAAUUCACCCAGGGUGGUGCCCAAUGAGACGAUCCCCGCCAUCCCCAUCCCAGAUGACAUGGACGCCAUCCCGGUCAAGCACUUCAUCAAACACGUCACUGAGCUCUAUUCAAAUAACCAACAGGGAUUCUCUGAAGACUUUGAGGAAGUACAGCGCUGCACCGCCGACAUGAAGAUCACCUCGGAGCACUCCAACCACCCGGACAACAAGCACAAGAACAGAUACAUCAACAUCGUGGCCUACGACCACAGCAGGGUGAAGCUGAGGCUGCUGGCUGGGAAGGACUCCAAACACACCGACUACAUCAACGCCAACUGUGUGGACGGUUAUAAUAAACCUAAAGCCUACAUCGCCACCCAGGGACCUCUCAAGUCCACCUUUGAGGACUUCUGGCGGAUGGUGUGGGAGCAAAACACCGGUGUCAUCGUCAUGAUUACCAACCUAGUAGAGAAAGGGCGGAGAAAAUGUGACCAGUACUGGCCGACAGAGAACAGUGAAGAGUACGGCAAUGUGGUAGUCACGCUGAAAAGCACCAAAGUUCACGCCUGCUACACUGUUCGCCGUUUCACACUGCGCAACAGUAAAGUCAAAAAGGGUGGGAAAGCGAACCCUAAGGUGCGGGGCCAGAAUGAACGGACAGUGCUCCAGUAUCAUUACACCCAGUGGCCAGACAUGGGUGUCCCAGAGUACACCCUGCCCGUCCUCACCUUUGUCCGCAGGUCCUCAGCCGCCCAGGAGCCUGAUAUGGGACCCAUGCUCGUUCACUGCAGUGCUGGAGUGGGUCGGACAGGGACGUACAUCGUCAUUGACAGCAUGCUGCAGCAGAUCAAAGACAAGAGCACAGUUAAUGUACUCAGCUUCCUCAAACACAUACGCACCCAGCGCAACUACCUAGUCCAGACGGAGGAGCAGUACAUCUUCAUCCACAAUGCCUUGAUGGAAGCUAUUUUGGGGAAGGAGACAGAAACGGCGGCUAGCCAGCUUCAAAGCUACUUCACCAGCAUCACGACGCCGGGACACGGUGGUCGGACACGUCUGGACAAACAGUUCAAGCUGGUAACACAGUGUAAUGCCAGAUUCAUGGAUUGCUUCAAUGCUCAGAAGGAGUGCAACAAAGAGAAAAAUCGAAAUUCCUCUGUGGUGCCAUCGGAGCGAGCGAGGGUUGGCCUAGCACCUCUGCCCGGGAUCAAAGGCACCGAUUACAUUAACGCCUCUUACAUCAUGGGUUACUACCGGAGUAAUGAAUUCAUAAUUACCCAGCAUCCUCUGCCUCACACCAUAAAAGACUUUUGGAGAAUGAUCUGGGACCACAAUGCACAAAUUAUUGUUAUGUUGCCUGCCGACCACGGAUUGGCAGAGGAUGAGUUUGUAUAUUGGCCCAGUCAAGAGGAGGCCAUGAACUGCGAGGUGUUCACUGUCACCCUCAUCAGUAAAGACCAGCUCUGUCUGUCCAACGAGGAGCAGAUCAGCAUCCACGACUUCAUCCUCGAGGCUACACAGGAUGACUAUGUAUUAGAGGUUCGUCACUUUCAGUGCCCCAAAUGGCCGAACCCUGAUGCACCCAUCAGCAGCACCUUCGAGCUCAUCAAUGUCAUUAAAGAGGAGGCGGCCACCCGCGACGGACCAACCAUCGUCCACGAUGAGUUGGGAGCAGUGUCAGCUGGCAUGUUGUGUGCCCUCACUACCCUGUCUCAGCAGCUGGAGAGCGAGGGCGCUGUUGAUAUCUAUCAAGUGGCCAAGAUGAUCAACCUCAUGAGGCCGGGAGUCUUCACUGACAUUGACCAGUACCAGUACCUCUACAAAGCUCUGCUCAGCCUCGUCAGCACCGAGGAGAACAGCUCUGGACUUCUGGCCCGGGACAUUAACGGGACCGCGGUGUCCAUGUCCAACCAGUGUGCCCAGGCAGAGAGCAUGGAGUCGUUGGUGUGAGAGAGGCCAGUCGGUGGCCCGGAGCUGACCCGAGGCCGUCCUGUGGGUCCAAACACCCUGCGAGGUCCCUGAACCCACAAAGCGGGGGGGGGGGGGCAACUUUGUAAAACGCGAAGGAACUAUUGUGGGACAAGACUUUUUGAGGCCUUUUUUGCCAGACUCUUGGUUAAAAUGAAUAACCUGAUUACUUUUUUACACUGAUAAAAAGUUUUUGAUAUUUAUUUUUUUUUCGCCAUUUUAUGUCUUAAUGUUCUCCUACUGAAGGGUUUGCACCUGCAUUUUUCAGUUUCACAGCAGCGUCGCUGGGCAACAAGAAACACUUUUCUGUCUCUUUCUUGUUUGCACUAUAUAACGUCAAUGUUACUGCCUAUACUAAAGCUGACUCACAGGCUUUUCUCUACACAAGCUCUGAUUUUUUUAUUUUUUUUUUUUUUUCGACAUUCCACGGCUCUGACCAUUAUUAAACCAACUGCUUCUGUGAAGGACAUUGUUCCGCCUGCCUGCCACCUACAGCACCGCGUUGUCUCCGGCACAAACUCUCAGCCUCAGUAACAAAACGCUGGUCGACUUCCGCUCAGUAUAACCUCCUCCACCCGGCUCAUCUAUAAUACUCAUAUUACCACUCAUCUAUCACAAGAGCCAAGAUCUUUGAACCUCUUGCCACAGACAAGUAGCACUUGUUUUCUAAAAGUAAUUUCCUCUCCACCUUUUUUCUCUCUUUUUUUUUUUUGCCUUUUUUUUGUCGUUGCUCUCUCUCUCUCUCUGUCUCUCUUCUUAGCGAGUCACACCCAUGUUAUAAAACCUAAGGUGGUGUAACAACUGCUACUGUGAACUUUUAUUAUUAUUUCUUUGUAUAAUUCAUAUUAUGCUUUUUAAUAUAUGGAAAUACUGUAUGUAUACAUAUAUAAAUAUAUCCUUAUCAUAAUAACUUUGUGAUUUUUGUACAUGUCUUUUGUGGCCUCUUGCCGCAGGCCGGUUGAUUUCCAACUCUCAUCCAAUAGUUUACGACUCCAGUUCUCACGGCAACCUGGACUCCCUCAGUCCUCUAUGGUCUCGUAUGCUGCUAUGUCAUCUAAUCUCACACACACACACGCACACACACGCACACACACGCACACACAUAAAGAUUCAGACCAGUUUGAAUCAUCUGACGAACUACAGCAGAUGAUGCAACCUCACGCCAUUCCCCAUAUUUUUUUCUUUUUUACAGUCAUGAAUUCAUUCUGACAGACAAGCCACAGAUUACAAACACAAAGGCCUGUGUGUUGAGCCUUCAUUUACUCACACAACCAUGUGUGUGUGUCAUUAUAGGAAGACAGCAGACUCAACAACAAGCUCUAUGCAACAAAUUGCUUUUGUUUUAGAAACAUAAAACAGGGUUUGAAACAGUCUUUGGGUUCUCAGUGUUAGUCUAGUCCAGAUCUGCAAAGUCUUACUCAUUCAAUCUGCGCUGUCUUGUCUCAACAGUGAAAAAAACAGAAAGAUCUUUUUGCUUUUAAGAGUCUUUCAUAUGAUAUGUCAUUCAUCUUUGACAAUGAGAAUCGGACAAGAAAUAUUUCCCCAUAAGAUUUCCCUCAAUUUGUAAAUUCGAACCACGUAUGUGUUUUUUACCUCUGUAGGGUUGGGUAAGAACAGCUGUGUGUGAGGUUUCAAGGCCUUCACUGCCUUUAUCAGCUCCCAUGUACAGAGUUUACAAUGAGAAAGCAUUUCCUGCAGCAUCAUUAAUGCCCCCCCGUCACUAAUCAGUGCUAACGAGUCCAACCCAGGUAAAUAACAAUGGAAAUAUUCAAACCUUCAAACUCCGCUUUGCAGGAACAUUUACAUUUUUCUUUUUUUCAUGUCAAAUAUGCUAAUGAAAGUGGUUUUUGAUUUCAAGAGUAUCUGAAAAUGGAUUUGAUGACAAACCUUCUGCCAGUGCCCAACCCUGCUCUGUCACACUGGAAGGACGUUCCCCUGUAUUUGUCUUAAUGUCGUUUAAUUCUUCACAACAAUGAAGGUGUUAUUCUGGCUGUAUGUUCAGAUUUCCCCUUCCUGUCCAAGCCCACUGUUUUCUACACAAGAAGAAGUAGUAGUACACAUUAAGAUAUAUAUCAGGCUUAGGAUGCAUGUUUGGUCAUUUCAUUAGAUUUGUUGGCAAUAGGCUUGGGCCUAUGAUAAUAUUGAAUAUCGCAAUAUUUUCCACCAUAAUAUGCGCCACAUGUUUUGCACAGUCUGCUCUGCUGCCAAGUCUGACCCUCAGUGACCCAAGUGGCAGCAUCGCUUACACCUGAAACAUGAAGUAUAUAAAAUACGGCCCCGUGAUUAGAUCAGAUAUCACAGUAUUUGACUUGGACUGUAUCGAGAUAUUACAUUUUGGAUGUUGCCCAAGCCUUGUUGGCAAUAAAACAUUUACAGAAGUCAUCAGCCUUUUCCUUUAAACCCCUCACUAACUUGCAUCUAACAUUUAAGCAGCCAUCAACACACAGGUAACAGACGCAGCAUCCACCGUGUCAUUAAAACCCAGGGCUCUAACCGGAUCUGAUUGUGCACAGACCUGAACAGAUCAUUUCUAAACUGUUGUAAAGUGACUGGACUAACAACAAACAAAAAACAACUACAUAUUCUACUGUAUUUUGAAGAGACAGACAGGUGGAGGCCUGUUCAAGAUCCGUGCUCGCUGUCAGAUGUGUGACCGCUUGCUACCAACCUCCCAAGGCCUUGUGUAGAUAGUUUACAUCCCUCACUCACUUUUCUCCAGAGAUGUAUUUUUUGUGGUUUUGUGGCCUAAAAGCAAAGAGCAGAGACUCACGUUUCCUGCUUUAGCUGCAGUAACCCCUCACACACACACACGCACACACACACACACACACACACACACACACACACACACUCUUUGACAUGAGGAUGUUCUAAUUUUAGAUUUAAAUGAUAUUCUGUACCUCUGUUAUUGCUGGUGUGAGAUGAACACUUGUGGUUUUUGCAUUUUGAAUCAAAUUGUGAUUUUUUUUUUCCCUCCACAGCACAAAACAGAACAUGUGUCAAAUGGCAAAACAGCAAAGGAGACAAAUGUAUUUUAUUUUUUAGAAACUUUUACCAAAGACUUGAAUCCUCCUCGUGCAGAAAAAAGAUGUUGGUGAGCUUUUCUCUUUCUUUUCUUCAGUUUUCUCUCCUCUGACUGCCUCAUCACUCCCCCCCUCCCCCCUCCCCUCUCACUCUGUAUCUGUAUUUUUUACCAGUGUCCUCGAUUCAAAGUCUCACUUCACUAUCAGUUUGUUUGAACCUACUUGCAGUUAUUAUUAUUGGGACACAGAUGCAUCAAUAGAUAAACUGAGCAGACAGAAGAGCAUUAGAUAUUUCUAUUUCUGUUUAUCUUGUAGUUUUAUCUCCUUUUCAAAUGGGGGCCACAUUAGAAACUCUUCAUCUACAGAACAUGUUUGUUUCUAGCAAUUGAUUUCUUUGUUUUUUUCUUUCUUUCUUUUCUUUUUGUAAAUCCACUUUGCCAAACUGCCUGGUCACACCAGAAAGAGGCCGAGCAAAAUUCAUUUGUGCGUCCUCAAAAAACUGAUGAGCUACCAUGUCUGCUGAGAUCAUUUAUAACGUGUUCAUCCAGCCAAAGAUGCUGGUUAGCUCUCUGAUAAUAAAAGGUCAACUCAAAAAAACCUGCCAGCCGGACUUUCUGUAGUUUUCAUCUUGUCGUCUCACAUUAAUCUGAUUAAUGUGCAAUUUGAAAUUGUGAACUUAAAAGAGGAGUAAUGGACGCACAUGAACCCCGAGAAACUCUCAAAUGUUACAAAAAAAAUUCUGCACUCUCACGAGGUGGUUUUUCAGACUAUUCGCGAAUUCAUUUCACAAAAAUUGAAAGGGAAACACAAGUCGUGGCGCCUGCUGUAUCAGACCGCAGGGAGCCAGUUCCAACCAUGAGGCAGUCUGCUGGAAAUCCAUUGUCGUGUUUAAUUGGAAUGAUAUUAAUGGAUAUCACUCAGUGGAAACACAGAUCAUUCACAAUUGGGUUUUGUUGACUUUUCUAAAAACAAAAAUGGCUUCUAUAUUUCUCUCUAUUAUAAAGUGGUGACUCUGUCUUUGCUGUGGUAGGUGUGACUGUGAGAGUGUAUAGUUGUUUAUCUAAAUGUGUCGGCUCUGUGAGACACCGGCCCAGCUCAUGGACAGAUGUCCAAGCCUGCAGACCAUGUUGCGUCUCCUGUGUGGAUCAGUGUCCCACAGAUUUCCGCUAAUGUGUUAUCACAAUCCUUCAUACCUCUCUGGGUCUCCACCUAUUAUUAUUGGUGCUGGCAGUUUGCUGUGGACUCACAGCAUGGACUCACGUUGUACGGUUAGAGUGAAAUCAACUGACCUCUGACAUUCUGCUUGUCAUGCUGUUGUGACCAGGCUCUUCAGAUUGUCACUGCCAUUUUUCCUUGUCCCCAUUUUCAUUCUGAUCAUCGUGAUCGUUCCGAAUGAAAAGUAUUUUGUGUUGCCUGUGAAGUGCACACACGCAGCUGUACUAUCAAUAAAAACUGUACAUAUACUGUAUUCCGUUGCCUCUGUAAACCUGGACCUCCUCUGGAAACUGUGUCAGUAUCGACUGUGUCACAGGAAACUUUUCACCUCUCACGUUUUCAGCGUUUCUCUUGAUGAUUUAGUAACUCAAACAUAUUUCUUUUACCGCAAAGAAAGGUUUCCGAAAUGACACACGUCUGAUCUGUGAUCACAAACAUUGUCAGUUUUUUCUCUCUCACCUGGACUCAUGUAUAUGGCGUCGCUGUUGGUGGUGGAUCCUGUGGAAACCAGGUGUCUUUGCAUCCACAUCAUCAGAGUCCAGUUUCCAGCUUCACAUCCUCCGUUAAUGUUCAGGCAGUGAUUGUGAAGUUACGAUGUCACCUGCUUAGGUUUUUGGUUCUCAUCCUUUCGGGGCUCUGAUUCUGUUGUCAGCUCUCUGGAUAAUUUCCUGUCUGUUGACCCAUUAUGAAAAGGAAAGGUGGCUGUUCCUUCCUCUUUUGUAACAGGAACUACAGGAUGGAGUUCUUUCUUUUUCUUUUGUUUUUUUGUUGAAAGCUAUAUCAAAGCAUUCUAUUAUAGUGUUAUUUAAUAUGUAAAUGGUAUUGCUAUACAUAAAAUAAAAUAUGGGUUUUGAUGUAA